CCCUAGCCACAUUCACACAUGCUGAACUUUUUCUUUUUUUUUUUGCACAUUUCCGUGUUGUCACCAUUUCCGCUCCUCUCCCAAAAACACACAUUGCACUCAGUGCUGGCCCCUCCGACCAUGGAUGACCCCCCAGCAGAGGAACAAACCCGGGCUGCCCCCCACCCGCUCAGCCCCCUCAUCCCCACCAAGGAGUUCCUGAGAUCCCGGAAAGGACAGCUGGUGCUGGCAGAAUGGGUAAUUUCAUUCCUUACUUUCAUAUGUUACGUGGCUUCAACUGCAGUGGCUCUGAUGACUGUUCCGCUCAUAGAAUUCCUUUGGGCCAUGUUUAUGUUCUUUGCGUACACUACUAAACUGAACGAGCAGAUGAAAGGACUUUUAUGGCCUUUGCUGGACUUUAUCCGUUGUGUCUCUGCCGCAAUCAUAUAUUUUGUGAUCUCUCUCGUGGCCGUGUCAAAGUACACGUGUGGGGCAUCGAAAGCUGCAGCAGUUCUGGGUUUUAUAGCAACAAUUGUGUUCGCAAUAGAUUUCUAUGUGAUCUUCAACGAUUUAACCAAGUUCCUCAAAAAAGACGAUUCCACAAAUGACACAGAGGCGCGGAAAUCAGACGAUGAAGAAUAUGAUUCAGACUCUGAUUAAACAAGAGGCUCUGAGAAUCCUCCCUGCCCUCGGAGACUGGAUAUUGUACCCUGCAGUGAGGACAACGUCCCUUGUAGCUUGUUCCCCUGGACAUCGGUGGCCUUGGCAGAAAAACUCGCAGCUUGUGCAAAUUCAUAGUAAGCUGUUCUCUUUGGUGGACAUUUUAAAAACCUAUUUGGUUACUUGACCACGUGAGGCCUGAGACCCAAAAGGGAUAUGUGGACACAUUCUGCAAAUUCUGAGACUUUCCAUGUGACUUCCAUACCCAGCCCCAAUAACUCAAAGCCCAGCAAGAGGGUGAUUUUACUUCUAAACGUGCCUUAGGAGCCCUCGGUCUGUUUUAUUAAUCGACGUGGGUCAGUAACAUUACCACAGAUGUAUUGAAGCCUAAGCUAAACAUGAAUGGGUUAAUGUUAAUUUACACCACUUAAAUGUUAUUGCAAUGUAAAUUUUAUAUAUAAAAGUUUCUUUAAAAAAAAAAAAAAUAAUAAUAAUAAUAAUUUAAAAUGCAUGGCCCUGCAAGUGUAGAGGUAGAUAUCACAGUGCCCUCUAGUGGCAGUUUACAUAUACUGUUCAUUUUGAUAACUGGGGCUUACAGUUCCAGAUUUUCAAAAAUAAACUAAUCCACUAGUGACUGUUACAGAUGUAAAUCCACAAUUGCCAAUAAAUGGUACUGCUGUGCGGAUCGCAAACCCCAUCCUCAGCUGGCUGAAUGGGAAUGGCAGUCCAUAUUAGGCUUGCUGUCAAUGGCAGCCUAUCCUAGGUUUGACUGACGCACAAGACUGGAUGUGCACAGCUGAUAUUUAACAAUAAAAGACUGAAGGGUGACCCAGGGGUGAAGGGGUGACGUAACGUAAUGACGUAAGCCCUGGCGCACCCUACAGUCUUGUAUUGUUGUUUGUCCUUAUUGGGUUUUUAGAAGAGACUUGCCCAUUUAAGUGUGCUGCCUCCCCGUCCUCUGACUUAGCGCUAUUCCACUCUUUUUGUUUACAGCUGAUAUUUACUCUGUUUCUUUCCAAAAAAAAGUGUGUAAGGAUUUAAAAUUGUGCUAAUCGGAUGACCUGUGUUUGAAGCGGCAGUCGUUCGGAAAGCAAUCAUAUCACUAUAAAUAUUAUCCCUCUAAUGAGGACAAGAGUGCCAGGCUACAGCGAUAAGUCAACAGCGGCCACUUGACCCAGUGUGAAACAUUCUGUGCCAAUCCAUGCCAUGCCAUCUGUAAAAUGGAACUCUCCACAUGGGAUUAUACACAAAUAUG